AUGUCGGCGCAAUUAAUUCCUGUCGAACCCCCACCGUCCUACGAAGAUGCACGGAAAUCACCUAUUCCAGACAGCAAAUCACCAUCAGCCACACCAGGAGCGAGAAAGCCGCCACCUGGGCCUCCCCCGCCGCUGGAUGUACCCUACUUGAAUGACUUGAGAAGGCAGAGAGUUGUGCUGGCCUCUGCUUCUCCGCGGCGAAGACAGCUUCUAGCACAAAUUGGGCUGUACAAAAUCGACAUAUGUCCCUCCAAAUUCGCCGAAGACCUGCCCUACUCCCUCGGCGCGCUGAAUUACGUACUCGAAACCGCGUCGGCAAAAGCAAUGGACGUAUACAAGCGCGAAAUAGACAAUCACGAGAAGGGCGAGCCCGCCAUCAUCAUCUCCGCCGAUACUAUAAUAGUUUCGCAUGAUGGCCGGAUUCUAGAGAAGCCACGGGGCGAGGUCGAUCAUCUAAAUAUGCUGAAGAUGCUACGUGAUCAAGGGGAGCACAAGGUCAUGACGGCGGUAGCGGUCAUGAGACCACUAGAGAGCGCUGUGGAGCCAGGAUACAAGAUGGAGACACAUGUUGAGGAAACGACUGUAAAGUUUGAUUCCAAUGUCUCGGACGAACUUAUCCUGGCCUACGUACGCACUCGCGACGGCAACGACAAAGCUGGUGGCUAUGGUAUUCAAACGGCGGGUUCCAUCCUCAUCGAACGCAUAGAAGGGUCGUACGAUAAUGUAGUCGGCUUACCGCUUCGCGCGACGUUGCGGUUGAUUGAGAAGGUCAUGGAGCCCGAGGAGGAUCUGGACGAAGAGCUGGAUAAUGUGUUUGAUGGAAAGGCGUAUGAGGACUAG